GAGUACGUAUUACUUGAGACAAUUCACGUGGUUGCUAGAAGAGCUUUACGAUUAUUUAUAAAUUUACUAUUUAAAACGAUCGAGACUUCUUCAACGCCAUGCCGAAAUCAAAGAGGGACAAGAAAAUUUCUCUCACGAAGACGAGUAAGAAAGGCCUAUUGUUGAAGCAACAGAUCGUUGAAGAUAUUCGAUACUGUGUGGAAAAGUACAGUAGAAUAUUCUUAUUUUCCGUGGAAAAUAUGCGCAACAAUAAAUUGAAAAGUUUGAGAAGCGAAUGGAAAGACAGUAGGUUCUUCUUUGGGAAAAACAAAAUUGUGGCAUUAGCCUUAGGUACGAGUCCCGAGAAAGAAGUUGCAGAUGGUUUACAUAAGUUGUCAAAAGUAUUGAAAGGACAGCGCGGUCUCUUGUUCACGAACAGAUUAAAGAAAGAGGUAUUGAAAUGGAUGGAAGAUUACAGAGAAGAUGAUUAUGCUCGUUCAGGUUUCGUCGUAGAUGAAACUAUUGUGCUUCCUGAAGGACCUUUACCAGACUUUCCCCAUAGCAUAGAACCUCACCUGCGGCAACUUGGUAUGCCAACUGCAUUAAAAAAAGGAGUUGUCACAUUACUUAGAGAGUACGAAGUUUGCAAAGAAGGACAAACCUUAACGCCCGAGCAAGCUAGGAUACUUAAACUCCUUCAAACACCACUAGCAACAUUUAAAUUAAUACCCAUUGGGAUAUAUACAAAAAAAAAUGGUUACAAACACCUUAUAUCGGAUGAAAAUUCACUGGAAAAUAACAUUGAAGAGGGAAUGGAAACAGAAGAUGCAGAAAAAACGUGAACCAUAUCGUUUCUAAUACUGAAUAAAGUUGUAUAUAUUAAAACUAAUUUUUUUUAAUGUAAUAAAAAGUAUACCGAACACGUGCAAUAGAAAUUAAUUCCUUUCAUUAUUUUUUGUACAACAUUCGAACACAUGCUUGACUAAUCGUAUAAUAGAUAAUUUCAUGUAAAACAAAACUACUAGAUGCCCUAUUCCUUCAAAAUAAUAUAUGAAUGUAAUAAGACAAGUGACAGACUAGACAUUCGGUAAUAUAAAACAUUUAAGAAAGGAUUAAAUUUUUAGUUUUUCAAAUAAAUUGUUGCACUUUUGACAAGAAAUUUGCACAGAAUAGAUAACGGUCACCAUGACUUUCCCCAUAGCUUUCGCUAUAUUCUGGAUCUGUGGCAUAAUGUGGGUUAGUGAUACGUUCAAAUUUCUUAGCCUAUAGCGUUUAUAUAAUUUGCUGAUGACAAGUCAUAUGGAAUAUAAUAAGUUGAGAAUAAAUUAUAAAAUUGCUUUCUAUUCAGGGCGCAUAUUAUUGGUUCCAUGAGCGCACGGGAGAUAUAGAUACGGAAAAACUAAAGGCUGAUUUUGAAACUAAAAGAAGCGCAACCUCUAUCGAUUCGAUGGAUAUAGCAGAUCACAAUAACUCUUCCAAAAAGAAAAAACGCCGGAUUGAUUACGACGUACGCAAUUAAACUGUACUUUCCUAACUACAGCAUUAAUUAAGAAUUCUUACACUUAUUCACACCUUUAAAUAUUUCAGAGCAAAACACGAUGGCCCAGCGAAGUCUCUGUAGUUGAAAAUGAGUAGUACGAUAUGACAUCCAACAUCAAUUCCUAUCGUUAU